AUGUUGGGAAAGAAGCUUGGUUCAGUGAAGAAACUAGCCAAGAAGGUUAAGGUCAUUGGCAAUGCCAACCGCCAACUAUCAGAAAAAUACGAGCGUUUGCUCAGGGACAACAAAGUAGGAGCCUCUCCGACCGCCACCACCGCACCCACAGGUACUUUUGCAGUGUACGUAGGUGAGGAUCGUCAAAAAUUCGUAGUCCCAACAGCUUAUCUCUCCCACCCUCUGUUCAAGAUAUUGCUAGAGAAGGCCUACAAUGAGUUUGGAUUUCGGCAAAGCAAUGGCCUGGUUGUACCCUGCAGUGUCAAUGUAUUUCAAGAAGUGACAAGUGCAGUUGAAUGCUGCAAUGGAAAAUUUGAUUUUGGAGACAGGGUAGAGGAGUUUAUUUAG